AUGGUUCGUUCAACGCAAAGAUGGUUCGUGCUUAAUUCCUGCGAUGUCCCAACGCAACUGGUGCAUCGAUAUUGGGCCAAGGAGCCAAAAUAUGGGACCCGAAACAUAUUCGCAAAGCUCCCUAGCUACGCCAAUGACAUCAGAAGAACCGAGACAGGGGAUUUAUGGGUUGCCUUGCAUUCCAAGAAAACUCCAUUUCUAGGCGGGAAGCCUCAUGCCGUGGCCGUGAAACUCUGCGGCGAGACCAGUGAGGUUUUGGAGAUUCUUGAGGAUAGUGAAAGGAAGAAUAUGAAGUUUGUAAGUGAGGUUCAAGAGAGAUAUCGUAAGCUCUGGUUUGGGUGUGUGUUUCUGCCUUCCGUUUGGGUUCUCGAUUGUUGGUGA